AAUUUAGGAUUCAGCCACAAAAUGGCUGAAGCACAGAAAAGUGUGAGCCGUGUGGCUCCAAAAAUGUGAAUAAACAAUGAUGUUGUUCCAGUUUCUAAACAUUUGUCAGGAUUUACUUUUAUGCGAAAUCACUACGUUAAAUUUAGCACGCUGUCUGGUGUGAGAGAUCUCAGUGUCGAGGAUGACGUCCAUCAUCAAGUUGACGGCUGUAUCCGGGGUGCAGGAGGAGUCUGCUCUCUGCUACCUGUUACAGGUGGACGAGUUCCGCUUCCUGCUGGACUGUGGCUGGGACGAGAGCUUCUCCAUGGACAUCAUAGAUGCUAUGAAAAGGUAUGUCCAUCAGGUUGAUGCGGUGCUUCUGUCCCACCCAGAUCCACUUCAUCUCGGCGCUUUGCCUUAUGCUGUUGGCAAACUCGGUCUCAACUGUGCCAUCUAUGCCACCAUCCCUGUGUAUAAGAUGGGUCAGAUGUUCAUGUAUGACCUCUAUCAGUCUCGUCACAACACAGAGAACUUCACCUUGUUCACGUUGGAUGAUGUGGACUCAGCUUUCGACAAGAUCCUGCAGCUGAAAUACUCACAGAUCGUGAAUCUGAAAGGUAAAGGACAUGGUUUGUCCAUCACUCCUCUCCCUGCGGGACACAUGCUUGGUGGGACCAUUUGGAAAAUCGUAAAGGAUGGAGAAGAGGAGAUUAUUUAUGCGGUGGAUUUCAACCACAAGAGAGAAAUUCAUCUGAACGGUUGUUCCCUUGAGGCGAUCAAUCGUCCCUCCCUGCUUAUCACUGACUCCUUCAAUGCCACUUACGUUCAGCCUCGCAGGAAACAGCGUGAUGAGCAGCUCCUGACGAACAUCAUGGAAACGCUGCGUAAUGAUGGCAAUGUGCUGAUCGCAGUGGAUACUGCAGGCCGUGUGCUGGAGCUUGCUCAGCUGCUGGAUCAGAUCUGGAGGACAAAGGACGCAGGACUGGGCGUCUACUCUCUCGCCUUGCUCAACAAUGUCAGCUAUAAUGUGGUGGAGUUCUCCAAGUCUCAGGUGGAGUGGAUGAGUGACAAGCUGAUGCGAUGUUUCGAAGACAAGCGCAACAACCCGUUCCAGUUCCGCCACCUGUCUUUGUGCCAUAGUUUAGCAGAUUUGGCACGAGUGCCAAGUCCCAAAGUGGUGCUGUGCAGCCAGCCUGAUCUGGAGUCUGGGUUCUCACGUGAGCUUUUCAUUCAGUGGUGCCAGGACUCCAAAAACUCCAUCAUCCUGACGUAUCGCACCACGCCGGGCACACUGGCACGCUACCUUAUAGACCAUCCUGGAGAGAAGAUGAUAGAUUUAGAGAUAAGAAAAAGGAUCAAACUGGAAGGCAAGGAGCUGGAGGAGUAUCUGGAGAAGGAGAAAAUAAAGAAAGAAACUGCUAAAAAACUGGAACAAGCGAAAGAGGUGGACGUGGACUCGAGUGAUGAGAGUGAUAUGGACGAUGAUCUGGAGCAGCCUGCUGCAGUGAAGACCAAACAUCACGAUCUGAUGAUGAAAGGUGAAGGAGGGCGCAAGGGAGGCUUCUUCAAACAGGCCAAGAAGUCAUACCCUAUGUUCCCCACUCAUGAGGAGAGGAUUAAGUGGGAUGAGUACGGAGAGAUCAUUAGACCUGAGGAGUUCCUGGUUCCUGAGCUGCAGGCCACAGAGGAGGAGAAGAGCAAGCUGGAGUCAGGCCUGGCUAACGGAGACGAGCCGAUGGAGCAGGACCUUUCUGACGUCCCCACUAAGUGCAUAUCCAUCAAAGAGACCCUAGAAAUCAGAGCUCGAGUCACUUACAUAGACUACGAGGGCCGUUCAGAUGGAGAUUCCAUUAAGAAAAUUAUAAACCAGAUGAAGCCCCGGCAGCUGGUUAUUGUUCACGGACCUCCAGAAGCUAGUCAGGACCUGGCUGAGUCCUGCAAGGCCUUCAGCGGUAAAGAUAUCAAAGUUUAUACACCCAAACUGCAGGAGACUGUGGACGCCACCAGCGAAACACACAUCUACCAGGUGAGGCUGAAGGACUCUUUAGUCAGCUCUCUACAGUUCUGCAAGGCCAGAGACACAGAGCUGGCUUGGAUCGAUGGUGUGCUGGACAUGCGCGUGGUGAAGGUGGACACAGGCGUGCUGCCGGAGGAUGGAGACACCAGGGACGACACAGAGGACGGAGAGAUCACCAUGGAUGUGACCCCCGACCUCAUGACUGAGCCGAGCACUGUAGCAACACAGCGGGCAAUGAAGACACUGUUCGGAGAGGACGAGAAGGAGAUCUCAGAGGAGAGUGAUGUCAUUCCUACAUUAGAGCCGCUGCCCCCCACUGAGGCUCCAGGUCACCAGGCUGUGUUCAUCAAUGAGCCAAGGCUCUCAGACUUUAAGCAGGUUCUGCUGCGUGAGGGGAUCCAGGCCGAGUUUGUGGGCGGAGUGCUCGUCUGUAACAACAUGGUGGCUGUGCGCAGGACGGAAGCAGGCCGGAUCGGGCUGGAGGGCUGCAUGUGCGAGGAUUACUACAGGAUUCGGGAGCUGCUGUAUCAGCAGUAUGCCGUGGUGUAGUGCCGCUCCUCAGCUCUAAUCUGCUCUACUGGGACCUACAUGUCCUAAUUCCUUAUUUUUGUAGUUUCUGUGUUUAUUUCUUGUUUACCUGCGCUGUGUGGCAGAUGCUGUCCCUGAGUCACUCUCAGUAUGAGCAUGCUCACUAAGACAUUGCAGGUUCCGAGAUUUGUCCUGAACUCGGAACAUGGUGUUGAAAGCAUUGAGAAAACAAUUGAUUAUGGAGGAUUUAUUUGUAUUGUUUUUUUUUUUUUAUCUUUUUUUGUCUAAUGAUAAAAAAAAUUUGUUUUUCUGAAAUGAAAAAAAGUUUUAUGUCACAUUUAUUCUCUCUACAGAAGCAGAUGAGAUGUUAGGGGUGUGUGGAUGUGUUGAUUUUGCUCUCAGUUUGUAUCCAAACACCAGAUGGAGCCAUUUUCUCAAUGUCACGAUUUGACCAUAGAUCAGUGUGUAUUUUACAAACCUCAGACGUUCCCACUAGCACUAAACUGCAUAAAAAAACACACCACAUGAGAUCAGAACACACCACAGACUUACAUGACACAGUCACAUAGUCAAUAUGCGUUUUAAAUAUACUGUUCACUCUUUCAGAUAAUUAAUUGUUUAAUGAACACCUAAUGUCUUUCUGCAAUGUCUGUCACCACCAGUGACCAUCCUGCUUCUUUAAAACAGGUGUCCACAGGAGUCAGUGAGGGCACCCUGUAUGCGUUUGCAACAAAAAAAAUCCAGUGGACGUCUAGUGGACUGUGGGUGUAUUAUUUUUAUUAUUUUUUUUGACCCAAAUGGAAGCCGAACGUGGAAGAUGAUUCAAAGGGCCAGAACCAAACUGUCAGUGACUGAAACUAAUGUUUGUGACUGUCAGUUUUUAAAACUUGCAACAGAUAGACCUUUCAGUUAAAUUCAGAGUACUCGGUUGAAAACUAAAGUAAGCUCAGAAAGAACACAGUAAUUAUGUGGACUUUCAUCCUGUACAUUCACCACCCAAUUUAACAGGAACAUUUUUACACCUGCUCAUUCAUGCAAUUAGCAGUGCAAAAAAAUCCAGUGAGCGGCAUGUUAAACUUUAAACCGUGGGCUAAAACAGCAGAAGACCACAUCAAAUUCUAGCCAGGACCAGGAACCUGAGUGUACACUGGGCACAUGUUCACCAACACGGGACAGAUGAUUUUCCAAUAUUCAACUAUUCAGUUUUGGUACCGUAGUCUUUCUGUCAGUUCGAAUCAGUCUCCUCUCACCUUUAUUGUCAACAAGACGUUUUCCAUCCACUGAACUAUGGCUCACUGAAUGUUUUUGUUGUUCAGACCAUCCUUUGUCAAUUCUAGAGACUGCUAAGUGUAAAAUACUCAUGAGAUCAGCAGUUUCUGAAAAACUCAAACCAGCCUGUCUGGCACCAACAAACAUAACGUGGUCAAAGUCACUGAGAUCAUAUUUUUCCCCAUUCUGAUGUUCGAUGUAAACAUUAACUGAACCUGUUGAGCUGCAUCUGCAUGAUUAAAUGCAUUUAGUUAAUUUGCUAGCUAGCUCACCUUUUCUAAAUGUCAAAAUUAACAGCUUUGUUUUCUUUCAAAUAAAUUCUAGAUACAA